AUGAUGACAACACGCUCAACUCCGUCAUCUUCGAUUCGUCCGUGAGUUUUUGUUUUUGUUUUCAAUCUUAAGUUCAUCGCUCAUUAAGCGCAAGUCAAACGAGUUUUUCCAUUCAGAAGAACAGUUCGCUCGCGGACCAGCAGCACUGGCGGCCUGGACAGCAAUCAGCUGCACGUUUUCAUCAACAAGAAGUUCUCUUUCGGCAGCGCCACACCGCCGAAUAUCGACGUCCACGGUAUUUCUGCCUGGAUCCUGAAAGCGCAAACAAUCGUUGACUCAGGGGACUCUUUCUCAGCGAUUACCACAAGAAGCAUCAGCCAAGUGUCGAUGACGUCAGUUGUCUCGCCGACGUCUUCUGUUCAAUCUGAGAAUCAAGGCCCGCGAAGUAUCCUUGUAGCUCCUGCCCCUGUGAGUUGCGCCAAUUCGGAUCUGAACGAUAUCGGGAGCAGGAAACGAAGUCGGAGAACUCCUCCGAGUCGACGCCUUCCGAAACGGCGAUCGUCGAUGUCGAGCAAGCAUCUAAGAUGCCGCCACAGCGCAUCCUUUACCUCGGCGAAACUGUCUGGCAGGUUUGGAGAAUAAUAAGUCUGUUCAACAAAUCCAGUGGGGGUUGAAAAAAAAAGCAGAUCAGGGCGAUAAGGGAUUUUUUCGAAAUUGUUUGAAAACUUUAACUCGAUCUGAUCAAAAUGGCUAUAUAAUCAGUUAUUUAGCGGGAAUCUUAAAAGAAGAAAGUAUUCUGAAGUAGAAUUUGAAAUUUUCUACAAGUAUUGUUUGAUGAACUGGAAAUCGAAUCUGCAUAGCCGGUAUUUAGGCCAAAGUUUAUUCUCAGAGGUUCGAAUUUUUUGUAAUAUUGACUAGCGGACCUCUCCCCUUUUGAACGCUGAAGUUUCCAAAAAAGCUUGUGUAAGUAUAAAUUAUACGCGAUCAACUGUCAGUCUAUCGAACAGUGUGUGUCGUUUUAUUCAGUCUUCCUGGUCAUUUCCUUUCCCAGAAACAUCUUUCAACAUUCCCUGCAUUCAAUUUCAUCGGACAAAUGGUCUAGCCUUCAAUGUCCCUUGUUUGCAGUAACUGCUCUAAUCUUUUCUGAUUUUCAGAUCGACGACUUCGUCUACGUGGCCUCGAUAGAAGCUUCUGUGAACAUGAGCCUGUUGUGUCGGUUCAAAAUAGAGUACAUCUGCGAGAUCACUGACGAAUCCAGCGAGCGGCACGUUCAAUCGAAGCGAGUUUAUAUUCUCCGGUUUUAUCUCAAAAUGCUAACUUUUCGCACAAAUUGAAACAUCAAAACGGGUUUUCUGACAGUCUCCGAACUUUUUUUCCAAACCUUUACGUAGUUCACACACUGAAUAAUAUCUAACUUUUGAGAAUUUCUUCAGGCCGGUCCGAAGCUUCGACUGUCCUUGCCUCUGUUCACGUCCCAAUAAUCACUUCCGCCAUUUCCUCACCAUCGAUGUGCCAGAAAGCGAGGAUAAGUGUAUUGAGGUGAGAUUCCGUCUAAUAUGUUCAGGAAAGCGUGCUUUUGCGUGGGUUUUAGCAUUUCAAAAUUUCAAUCAAGCCGGUAGAAUGGUUUUUGUUUGGACAAAAUGAAGGUGACUAACGCUUCAACCUUUUCUCGAGCAAUAAGCAGAAUUUUCAUGUCUACAAAAACAUCCUUGGCAUUUCAACGCGGAAGAAGACGGCUUGCAAAUUUUUUCCGAUUCAAAAAACCUGUGAUAUUAAUAAUGAUAAGGAUGAAAAUAGAAGAAAGUUCUAUGAUCACUGUUAUAAUAAAAUUCGUUACGUGGACAUGUUUUGUCUGGACAACUGCAAAUUAAUUAGUUCUUCAGUUUCUAAAAUAGUCGCUCUAUCAAUUAACAUCAGAGGAUGUUUCAUCUCGAAAUCUUUGACUUCUAUUGUUAAUUAGCCUAGAUUCUAAAUCCUUGGUCGCAGGGGAAUAGAAUUACGUGAAACGGCUGAAAAUCGGUCAGGCUCUCCUUGUUUCUGUGCGUCCGACGCUGGUGAGUUGAGAAAUAGAGCAGCGAGAAAAAUCUUCAAUUUUUUUCGUUUUUCACACAGGGAAUCAGGCUCAGGGUGAAUAAAAAUUGUAAUGAUGAACUUGGCGAUAGAAACACUUCACAUGUCAUGAUGCCUUUCACUAAGAAGGAAGGUCAUAUACUUCGCGGUUCGGAGUUUUUUGGAAUUUGGUCGGAAUACUCCUUUCUGCCUCAUAUGAAGAUUUUGAAAGCCUCAAUCUACACAAUUUCCAAAUUUUCGAGAAAUAAAAGCUUAAAGUCUCAACAUGGCAGCUUUUAACGGGUUUUAUGGGUCACUUUUUUGGGAAAGUAUGAAGUUGUGCAGAUUGAGAGUUUCAAGAUUGUCAUCUGGUGCAUCAAGGAAGAAUCUGACUGGAUUGCAGAGAAAUUGCUUUCCUGUAAACUGCGACUUGGCAAAAUCGUUCCUACAGGCCAAGUUCAACAUGGUGCCGCUCUUCGAGCAGUUCAACGAGUGGGUGGCGAAUGCUCGGAAAGCUGGCAAAUGUGUGCUCGUGUGCAGCACAACUGGCCAAAACAGGCGAGUUUUUUGAGUAGCUGCGGAACUUCUCGAACGUGAUUUCUGACGCUGAAGACGUUUCAGAGCUCCGACUUUCGCCGUCGCGCAUUUGAUGGCACAGGAAAGAGUUCCGCGGUGGAAGGCCUCCGGACGCGUUACCCAGAAACUAAAGUCCAUGCGGCCCCCUCUCCAGAUUUCCGACUUUAUGCAGCGUUCUCUCAUGAGGUUCUUCUAUCUACGCGUUGCAAAAGUACAAGUGCAAAGUUUUGAGAACAUCUAUACUUUAGGAUAAUCAAAAAAAAGGAUUCAAUGAGUUUUCUGUAUAUAUAUAUAUAUAUAUGUACUCAAUGCAAAUGACAAAAAAGUUCAAUUUGUUCUCUGGUUGAAAAGUUUUUUCAACACUUAUCAGAAGGUUUUUUGAUGUACCUAAUGGAGACCUGGAGAUUCCAACCUAAAAAAAUGUGUUCAAAUUAGUUCGCAGAAAUUUGAGAAGGAAAAACGUCAAAAAGCUUUCCCGUGAAGUGAAGUUGUUCUUUAGACUAAACAUUUGAGGAUUUUUUUUUUCUCAAAUAUUAGAAAAUUUCGCACGUUGAGGUUAUUGUGAACGGGUGAAAACACAAAAUCAUAAUGAUAGCCAUUUUAAGGUACCAAGUGUCACUGGGAAUCGAACCCGACACGGCCUACGUCUCUGAUCAUUCACUCAAGUUGUUCCACAUCAAAAAAAGAACUCCUGGCAAGAAAGUUAAUCCUGUUUCUCGACACUGUUUGUUUUUUUAG